AUGCCGGUGGCUGACGAAGGCGGCCCAAGCGCCGAGCACGGCCCACCGCUCACGGAUGCGACCGAGGCACUGCUCGCAACGCAGUACGGGAGCUGGUAUCCCAAGCUGCGCAAGCAUGCGCCCAAGUCAACAAUCCUCGACAUUGAGUCGAUCCAGCCGGAAUUCCUGGCAUGGCUCGACGAAGACGCCGUCGUGCUGUCGGAUGCCAACGACUGGCGCGAUCCGUCGCAGAAGCCCGCACGCCGCAACGUCCAGGCGGAAGCUCGCGAAGUGCUCUCUGAUGAUAGCGACGACGAAGACGACGAGCCACAGUUUCCGGCGCUCAACGCAAAGCUUUUCGAGGUCCUCGACAAAUACGGCCCUGUCUUUCCCAAGCUCAACUGGAGCGGCCCGCUGGAUUCGGCAUGGAUCCUGCCGGGGAACACAGUGCGGUGCCAAACGCCUAAUGAUGUCUAUCUCUUGCUCAAGUCCUCCGACUUUGCGAUGAAGGACCUCGAGCAGCUCCAGGAGCUGCGCACGGCCUGCCAGGCAAAGCACCUCCCCGAGCCCCGCGUCGAGCUCGUGCUGAAGAAGUGGUUCGAGAUGCCGCGCUCGCACGAGUUCCGUAUCUUUCUCCGCGCUGGCGAUAUCAUUGGCGUGUGCCAACGCGACGUGACCUUUUACGAGCACUUGCAGGACAAGGAGACGCAGGACCGCAUUCUUGAGCUCGUGGACGAGUGCAUCGACAAGGUCCAGGAAGAAAUCAAGCUCGACGAUCUCGUCGUCGACGUGUACUUUACGCGCCACCUCGAAAACUACUUUGUGAUCGACGUGAACCCCUACCUUCCCCGCACGGAUCCCCUGCUAUGGACCUUUGACGAGCUCGACGAGGCCGCCGAGGCGGGGCGGCGCGACCGCAUGCUCCCAGUGCCGCUUCGGGUGAUUACCGGACGUCGUGGAGAUUGGGUCGGGACAUAA